ACUUUUUAGGCAGAAAACAACCUUUGCAAUAUCGGGUCAUUUCGUACACCAAAACAAUAACAGAGGAGCGCACGUAGCACUUUGUUGAACAGAAAAGAAGACGAUCGCGUACAGGAACAAUGUCAACUCUUGAACGAACGGAAAGUAAAGAGAGUCAAUUAAAUGAUUCAUGGGUAGAAGUGGGAAGCAGUAGAGGGUCGACUCCUCCACUUUUCCCUCGUAUUAAUAUGACUAAUGAGCAGAUGGAGAAAAUGUUGCUCGAGGCUCAAAAGGAACUCUCAAGACAUACUUCGAUAAAUGCGAGCACUAUAUCUAGUCGUACAAGCCCUAAAAGCCCACACAGCCCUGUGUCUGAUCCAACUCAAACUAAGACGGUACAAGAAUUCGAAAAUUCCGACUGGAUAUGGGAUUGGUCGAGUCGGCCAGAAAUUAAACCACCCAGCAGUGACAUACAAUCCAAUAAAUAUAAACACUUUCCACGAUCCGAAACGGGAAAAUCUAAAAGACACGGUCUUAGUGUUCGAAACACUGGAAUCAUAUCCAAUCUACCGGCUCUGCUCUUCACUCAUGCUGCUACAUUUAUCCUUGGAGCAGCAGCGUAA